AAUAAUUUUAAACGAAAUUCGUUAAAGUUUGCACGCAAAAUCAAAAUGAAAUUCACAAUUGUCGCAGUUGUGGUAGCCUUGUGCUUGGCCGGUGCCAACGCCAAUGCCAUCGGCUUCCAAGUUCCCCACCCCAAUGAGUUUGAAUAUGUUCCCAACGACUUUGCUAACGAUAUGGAGGGCAUUGAAGAUUUAACCAUUUUCAGCUCUUUCUAUUGGAUAGCCAAGGCUGCCUUGAAGACACUCAAGGGUGUCAACUGCACCAUCAAACAGGUGAUGAACACCCGAAGUGUGACCCAAAACUUCAUUCCCAGCAUUCAAGCAUGUGGCACUGAUGCUGUAUCAGCUUUUACCAAUGUUUUUACCUCUGCCCAAUCGGUCAUCACCACCUGCGACAACAUCAUCAACUUAAAUGAACAAGUUUGCAACAAUGACGUGUCUACCAAUGGCCAAACCUCCACCCCAAGCUCAUGCUCCACUAAACUCUUCGGCCAAUUGACCACUUUGUACGUUCAAAUCCAGAAGACAAAGGCUGCUAUCAAGAAGUUGCCCACUGUGCCAUCUGACGCCGUCGCCUGCACCAAUAGUGCCGUCACCACUUUGACCACUGCCUUCACCAACUUCCCAAGUAACAUCAAGAGCUGCUCCAAAUUGACCAGCAGCUAAGAAGGAACGUGCAAUCCCACCGAAUUCUAACGAAAAAUAAAUG